CGCUGUGAUUGGUUCUGCGCGCGUGGCCGCUCUUUGAUUGGCGCAAUACCCACCCCAAGCAACACAGACUCCUCCUCUACAGCCGCUCACUUGCCAAACUGCCUACGUAUACUCAAGACAAGUCAAGAGGAAUGGAGCUCAAGGCUGAGGACACGCUCAAGAAGGCGGCGGCGGCGUCCUCGGGCGCGCUGCUCACGUCGCUGUUCGUCACGCCACUGGACGUGGCCAAGGUGCGCAUCCAGUCGCAGAUCCAAAUGCCGCCGUCCAAGACGCUGGCCGACCUGCGCGUCACGCACUCGAGCGUCGGUACGUCUGUGGCCACCGCCAUCGAGCAGUGCCGCUGCCGCAGUCGAUGCGUGUGCAACCGCUCUAUUACGCGUCCCGUGGAGAAGCUCCUGUCUUCACGACGCGGUUGCAAUGCCCUCCCGGGUAUGCGCAUGUCCUGCUCUCGAGCCGUGGCGCCUCCACAGCUUCAGGGCACGUCGCACGCGUUACGCCACAUCUUUCAGACGGAAGGGGUCAGAGGACUGUUUGCGGGUUUGUCUCCCGCUAUGGUUAUUGCCGUGCCGUCUACUGUGCUGUACUACAUGUCGUACGACGUCCUGCUACACGAGGGACGUCAAAGGUUCCCAGAAAUGGAGGGAUUGGUGCCGUUGAUGGCUGGAACCACCGCACGGAUCGUGGCGGCGUCUAUUACGUCACCCAUUGAGCUGAUUCGGACGAGAAUGCAGGGUGAGAAGCCAGGAGCCAGUAUCUUAAACACGUUCCAGCAGGCAGUGCGACGCGGAGGAUACGCAUCGUUGCUGAAUGGACUGGGAGCCACGUUGGCAAGGGACGUGCCGUUCUCUGCUAUCUACUGGACGUCGUAUGAGAAUCUGCAAAGGAAACUGAAUACGGAAGACCUGUCAAGAACGCAGAGAGCGUUCGCGUGUGGAGCUUUGUCAGGAGCUAUUGCCGCUACGGUCACGACUCCGUUUGAUGUAGUGAAGACGCUACAGCAGGUGUCCAUGACGGCCCAAGGAUCGCAACCGUCAGGGAUGGUGGUGCUUAGACAGGUGGUGGCAAGCAAGGGUGUGGGUGGAGCCUUCACUGGACUCAGUGCACGUCUUGCGCGCGUGGCUCCAUCCUGCGCUAUCAUGAUCUCGUGCUACGAGCUCGGAAAGGAGAAACUCGGUAUUGAAUGAGUGAAGAUGCUAAGACGUCGUGUUGAUGAAGAUGGUCACUAAUCCGGGCAGGGCAAAACAGGGCUAAAUGACCAAGACUGGUUUGAUCGUGUAAUUGGAGACGUAGGCCCGAUAUUUAAAUAAAUUGUUGCCUUGGAAACCCUUU